AUGAGGUUGGUCAGUGCUGGGGUCCGGGCCCGGAGGGCUGCAGAGCCGUCUGAACCAGAGCCCGAGGAAGCAACAGAGCCCGUUCAUCAUGAACACUCCCAUUCAGAACACCAUGAGCACUCCCAUACAGAACAUCACCCUGGGCACGACUACAACCAUAUGAAGAACAAGUUCAUGAAUGAACUCAGUCAUCUGCCAAUUCCCAUGUGGGCAGUAGGAGCUAUUGUUGUGGUGGUCCUGGUAUUGGUGGCAUGCUUCAUCUUCUGUAUUUUCAAAAAAUGCUUUGGGAAAAAGAAAAAGCCAAAGAAAGUAAGGGAAAGGAAGGCAGGACGCCGCAGAAAAGCAAAGGAAGGUGAAGGAGAGGCUGGAGAGAAGGAGGGGGAGGUGAAGAAGGAAGGGGAGGAAGAGGAGAAAGAACAGGAAAAGUUGGGUAAGCUGGAGUUCUCCUUGGACUACAACUUCACAGAUUCCCAGCUCAUAGUGGGUAUCCUUCAGGCUCAAGACCUUGCUGCUAUGGACAUGGGGGGAACCUCAGACCCCUAUGUCAAAGUCUUUUUGUUGCCAGACAAAAAGAAGAAGUACGAGACCAAGGUUCAACGCAAGAAUUUAUGCCCUGUUUUCAACGAGACUUUCAUCUUCAAGAUCCCGUAUGCAGAGUUGGGCGGAAAGACUUUGGUGCUGCAAGUUUUUGACUUUGACCGUUUCUCCAAGCAUGAUAUGAUUGGUGAGAUAAAGAUUCCCAUGAACAGUGUUGAUUUGGGCCAACCAAUGCAACAAUGGAGAGACUUGGAGAGUGGUGAGAAGGAAGAGCAAGAAAAACUGGGUGAUAUUUGCAUUUCUUUACGGUAUGUACCCACUGCUGGGAAACUGACAGUGAACAUCAUGGAGGCAAAGAAUCUGAAGAAAAUGGAUGUUGGUGGCUUGUCAGAUCCAUAUGUGAAGAUUGUUCUACAGCAAAAUGGAAAACGCAUCAAGAAGAAAAAGACGACAGUCAAGAAAAACACACUCAAUCCCUACUUUAAUGAAAGUUUUAGCUUUGAUGUCCCCUUUGAGCAGAUACAGAAAGUACAGGUCGUCAUCACAGUGUUUGACUAUGAUAAACUUGGGAGCAAUGACCCCAUUGGAAAGACCUUCAUGGGUUAUGGAGCUACAGGAGUCGGCCUGAGACACUGGUCAGACAUGCUGGCCAAUCCUAGACGUCCAGUAGCCCAGUGGCACACUCUUCUGCCAGAAGAGGAAGUUGAUGCAGCAGUCAAAGCAAAACCUCGCUAGAGUCACUCCUGCCUUGGUUCAGGAAACAUACUGCUGAUAUGUUUCUUUGUGUUAACCCUUAUGUUUUCUCAAUUUGCAUGUUCAGUUUUCCAUACAUUCUGUUUCUUUUGAGGUACUUAAUAUGUUUGU